AUCAGUUUGUGCGUUCGAAUCGUUAGGCACGCAGCCAUUACAAUACGCUAUAUUCAAGCCGAGCGCCACGCGAUUUAAGGAACCAGACUAUUACUGGCUCACGUUCUUUCUUUAAAUAUCAGUUUUAUGAAACUCAAUUUGAACUUAAAAGAUCAUAUUUUUGGAUAACAGUCGUGUAUGUAAAUAUAGUCAGGCGUUGCGUCGACGUGAGACGCUCCGCAUUCCCAGGCAGUUGACUCACCGGAGACACGCGCAGACAUAACUUACAGCCUUUUCCGUUUGUUCAGCUCAUUCAUUUGAACGCCUGUAUUUCGUUAACCAAGAAGAUUCAGAUUUAAGAGACUCGCUUCGAUUUAGAUGGCAAGCUUCCCAGAUUUUGUCAACGAAAAUGAAAUAGGUAAAGCUAAGUUCAUCGGGGAACUCAUACCUCCUGUUGCUCCCUUUGACCAGAAGUCUGGAAGGGAGACUUGGACUGCAGCUUUUGCACCUGAUGGAUCUUACUUCGCUUGGUCUCAAGGGCAUCGAAUUGUGAGACUUGUACCAUGGAAAAAAUGCUUAGCCAGCUUUUCUGUAAAAAAGGAAGAUCGGUCGAGCGGUGCAGGUCCUCGACGACUCUCCCGGCAGAACAGUGAAGGCAGUCUGCUGCCAGGUGAGCCCAGAGAGCACACCAUCGACUGUGGUGACAUUGUUUGGGGCCUGGCAUUCGGCUCUUCUGUUCCCGAAAAGCAGAGUCGCUGCGUUAAUAUCGAAUGGCAUCGGUUCAAGUUCGGCCAGGACCAGCUGCUACUGGCCACGGGCCUCAACAACGGCCGCAUCAAAAUCUGGGAUGUCUAUACAGGAAAACUUUUGCUGAACCUAAUGGACCACACAGACAUUGUACGAGACCUAACAUUUGCCCCAGAUGGGAGUUUAGUGCUGGUUUCUGCUUCAAGAGACAAGACUCUACGCAUAUGGGACCUAAAAGAUGAUGGUAACAUGGUGAAAGUACUCCGUGGCCAUCAAAACUGGGUCUACUGCAGCGCUUUCUCACCUGAUUCAUCUGUCCUUUGUUCCGUAGGCGCUGGCAAAGCGGUCUUCCUGUGGGACAUGGAUAAGUACACUCUGAUCCGUAAGCUGGAGGGCCAUCAUAACGAUGUGGUGUCCUGCGAGUUCUCUCCUGACGGGGCCUUGCUGGCCACAGCCUCCUAUGACACCCGUGUCAUAGUGUGGGACCCUCAUACAGCCACCGUUCUGCUUGAGCUGGGGCAUCUCUUCCCUCCUCCCUCACCCAUAUUUGCAGGAGGAGCAAAUGAUCGAUGGGUUCGUUCCGUUGCCUUUUGUCACGACGGUUGGCACAUUGCCAGCGUCACUGAUGACAGGCUGGUGCGUUUCUGGAGUAUCAGUGAGAAGAGUCCUCAAGCCGUCGCCCCUCUCACUAACGGCCUCUGUUGUGCCUUUUCUACUGACGGAAGUGUCUUAGCUGCCGGGUCUCGUGACGGCAGCGUGCAUUUCUGGGCUUCUCCACGCAGAAUUGCGAGCCUCCAGCACCUGUGCCGCCUGACCCUGCGGCGAGUCAUGCCCACCCAGCAGGUUUAUACGCUGCCCAUUCCUUUCUCCAUGCAAGACUACCUGGCAUACAAGACGCUUUAAGUUGGAAUGUAAAACACAGCACUGUGAAACCAAAUGAAAUGUGUGGGGUUUUUGUGUUGUUUUUUUAAGACAAAAAUAUUUUUUCUGCUCAAACCAAACCCUUCAUGAAGGCGAGGUUGGUUCUUUUUGUAUUAAUUUUUUUUUUUCUAAUUUUUUUUUUAAAGUUUAGUUUUCCCAGUUGCAAGUGUAUUUCAAUAUUUGUUCAGUGUAUAUAUAUUUUUUUAAGGCCAUAUCAGGUAGUGGCCUUCAGACAGCCUUAAUAGAUCAGCGAACCACAGUUUGUCCUUUUGAACCUCCCUUUUUUUUUUUGUCUGGCACAGCUUGUACAGCACCUUAGAGUUGGUAAAUGAUGGGUGAAAGUGGUGCUUUCUCUGGCUCAGUUCAAGGUAUUCCUGCACUGAGUUUAAAGCGAUGUGAUGGGGGAUUAUCUCCUGAAUGUUCUGCAGUGUUUUCUUUUUCCGUUCUUGCUGUGAGAGGGAUUGAAGGGAAGUGACAAUGUGAAAGUGUGUAUGUGCGCGUGCAUGUGAUGGGC